AGCAGAGUAAAGAUAGUACAAAGUAUACAAAGUAUACAAAGUAUACCAGUUGAUGCGAUACUAGUGCAACUGGCUUAUGCGCAUCGCCAUCUCUGGACCCUCUUGCUCCGGGAAAACCACGCUUGCUCGCGCACUUGUUCGCUUCCUCACAGACUCGAGCUCAAACCGUGUCACCCUGCUGCACCAAGAUGACUUCUAUCUUCCUGAAGCAGACAUUCCAUCGAUCAAGUGUGCUGCUCCGGAUGGAGACCCUACCAAAGCUAUUGAUCGGGAGUGUUCGCCAACAGAGUUUGUCAACUGGGAUUGUCCUGAAGCACUAGACAUGGCCAGCUUCACACGUAUUGUCGAGUCAUUCGACAAGGACAAGGGCUUUCCUGAGGACAUCCAGCGGGAGCUUGCAAGCCGUUCAAAGGAGGACCAGAAUGGACCAUCGACCACAAAUGUCUCUGAAAGCCUCUUGCAUAAUGACAAGAUUGCUUUUGACGAGCACAUUCUCGUCGUCGACGGGUUUAUGCUCUAUUACGAUGAAGGCCUCAUAGAUCUCUUCGACAUUGCAUUCCUGGUACGUGGAACGCAUAGUGUUCUUAAACAACGACGCGAGGCUCGAACAAGCUACGCGACUCUCGAAGGCACAUGGCAAGAUCCGCCCGGCUUCUUCGACCAAGUUGUGUGGGCCGAGUACAAACGUACACAUGCACAUCUCUUCCAAGACGGAGAUGUUGAAGGCAACUUGCUCAACAAGCGACUCAAGUCUCCUACUCUGGAUGCUGACCUGGACACAGCCUUCACGUUCAUUCUUCAAGAGCUCAAAUCAUUGACUUCCUAAGGCUACUUCUUUCCUGGCCUUCGAGGCCGUGCAAAGCCAGCUGUCGCAGUCUGCUUCGGCGGAUGUAUACGUGCUUUGAGAUCAGCCAAAUCAAGCUCCUCAGCCUCAUAUCGGACAUCAAGCUUGAAAUCCGCAGCUUGUGUCACGCUGCUUCGAUUUGAGGAAUAAAUCAUACGUUCCUUGACUUUGGCAGAGUCGGGACAUCGGUAUAGAAAUAUUUGCGAAGUGAUGCCGCUGCCUUCAUACUCGUGCACGUAGCUGUAGAAGAGAUAGGCAGGGCCAUCCUUUGGCAAGACAGAUGCCAAAUUAUCAAUGUCAAUCUCCUUGUGUUCUGCUAGCUCGAGCCUUUCAGUUUGCAGGUCAAUUUGCAGCACAACAGCGCGUGAUGUGGAUGUCGUUUUCAGCACAUUGAGCGCCUCUUGUGCAGAUGUAGAGAUGUUGCAGCUGAG